AUGUUUCCAUCCGGCUUCCCGUCCUCCGCUGCCAGUAACGGCAAUAAUGCUGCGGACGCGGCAACCCCGCACAUGCACGUACACACCGUCGUCAUCAACGUCGGCGACGCAGACGGCACUGCGGUAGGUGGCAAUGCAGGCGUGACGGAUGUCUUCUCCGGUGUUCCAGCGGCGGUGUCCGCCGUCAUGGCCGCAGCGAUGGAUCUCUCUGACCUGCCAGGACUGGUGGACCUGCUCAGUGACACCACCCCUGUCAACACCGCUGCACGCGAGUGGCACGCACAGAGCUGUCCUCCCUUUUCGCCAGAGGAGGUAAUUUCUACCUUUGACGUUGUGCAGCCGCCCCUAUCCUCUCCAGUAACUGCCGCCGCCUCCACCAGCCGUGGUGAGACUGACGACGCGGAUACCUCUGUGAGCCCAUCCCCGCCUGCGCCAGACGUGAAGGAGUGCGCCAUCUGCCUGGAGCCACUGUUUCGGCCGUCAGUGGUGCGCGCUGCACCCGAAAGCGUGCCAAACUCAGCCACGUCACCUUCCGAGCUAUCCACCGCUGACCGCAAGAAGCCGGCGACGGCAUUCCACUCGCCUCCAUUACCAUCACAAGCAUCCUCCCUGCUGCCUUCUGUGCCCUCCUCGGAUGCUGCAGCUUCUUCCGAUGCAACCCGGCCACUGGCACACGUCGACACAACCGAGGCAGCGAAGGACGCGAAAACAGUGCGUGAGGUGUACUGCGGCCAUCGCUUUCACGAGCCAUGCAUUCUCCGCUGGAUCACUCUGGGUCACUACUCAUGCCCGCUGUGUCGAUCUCCCUUCGUGUUUGAGUGA